UUCAAGAUUUUUCCAAAACCGUGUUUGUUUUACACUAUUCGAUUGAAUUUGGACACUAUUGAAAGGUUGUUCCUCUCCUUUCACUCACUUCACUCCUGUCUCCUCUUCCCGAUGUCUUCUCUCAUAUAGCGACUCUGCAAUGGUGAUUAUCUCCCAAUUUCAACGAAGAGGAGCAGAAACCCGCUCACUCUUCACCACCACAACCCCAAUCCUCUUCCUCUUCGUUCAGUGGUACUUUUGACAUGUCAAACCCUAUCACUUUUCUGGUGAGAGUCUUCGAGUUCGUCUCCGAACACAGUGACUUUUUGGAGACGAAGAGCACCGAAAAGGAGGUAGCAUCGCUGGUUUGCGCCGUUGAGAAGAAGAGGGAGUUUCUCAAGGUGGAGAGAGAAAAGGCUGAGAAGAAGAAGAGAGAGGACCUCAAGGCCUCGAAGGAGAGGGGAAAAUCCGACAAGAGGUUGAAGGAAGAGAAGAAAUCCAAAGCCGAAGACACCAACAAAGACAAAAGCACCUCCAGAGUUCCAAACAAAGUCCGGUCACCUUGGAUACCAAGGAUGGCAAUGAAAGGGCAAAUCUGGUUCUUGAUCACGCAGAGAGAAUGGGCUGCAAAAGAUACUUGACCCCAAGGGAUGUUGCAGAGGGUACUUUAAAUUUUGAAUCUUGCAUUUGUUGCACAAUUGUUUCAUCAUAGGAGUGGUCUAUCUACAGACACUAAAAAGAUGUCCUAUGCUGAGAUGAUGACGGAUGAUGUACAAACAUCUAGAGAAGAGAGAUGCUUCCAACUGUGGAUCAAUAGUCUUGGAAUUUCUACACAUGUAAAUAAUAUGUUUGAGGAUGUCAGAAAUGGAUGGAUACUUUUAGAAGUGGUAGACAACAUAUUUCCAAGAUCAGUUAACUGGAAACAUGCAACAAGACCUCCAAUUAGAAUGCCAUUCAGAAAAGUCGAGAACUGCAAUCAGGUCAUAAAAAUUGGUAAACAACUGAGAUUCUCACUAGUCAAUCUAGCUGGUAAUGACAUUGUGCAAGAAAAUAAGAAGCUCAUUCUUGCUUUAUUGUGGCAGCUCAUGCGAUUCACAAUGCUUCAACUGUUGAAAAUUUUGAGAUCUGAUUCCCAAGGAAAGGAGAUCACUGAUGCUGAUAUCCUGAAAUGGGUGAACAGAAAAGUGAAGAGCACUGGCAGAACUUCUCAAAUAGAGAGCUUCAAGGCCUGGACAGAGGCAUCAUCUAUUCCAAGAGCACUAGUUUCAAUUAUUUUAAGAUUGCCAAGACUUAAAUUUACGAUUGUAACCUUGGGAAAAGAUGGCUGCAUAAUGCUUGAGAAAUGUGUGGAUGAUGGUAAAAAUACUUUUCCCCCUCUUGUUUUAGCCUUAUCAAGUUAAAUUCAUAUGCAAAUGGAUAAAUAUUUUUUUUCUUUUUUACAUUUAAUAUCCUUAUAUAACCUAAGUAGCAAUUUAAUUUCUGGAAGCUGUUUUGUAUCAUUAACAAUGAGAAAGGAAGAUAGCACAGCCAUGCCAACUUGCAUAGCAUCGGUAAUAACCUAACAUUUAUUAUUAUAACUCUAGAGUAAGCUCUGAUUGUGCAAUAUCUCCUCUUAUUUCUUUUGUUUUAUUUUUGGUGUGGGAGUGGGAUGGAUGUUCUACCAUAUUUAUUACAGUAAUUCUUUGAUAUUAAUGACGAAUCAUUAAUUUUUUCUUACAGUAAUAUAGUUAAAUCAAAGUUAUUUAACUUGACUACGUACUGAGAAAUUAAUUUUAAAAAUGUUAAGUUAAUUGUCUGUUUCAGUUGAUGAUAUAGGCAUAUUGUAUGUCCUAUAGUUAACUUACACAUUAGUUAUAUAUCUCAUCAAAAUGUUUGCUGUCACCACACAUUUAACAAAAAAAACAAAUGUAAAGAAAAGGCUGAAAAUUGAAAGUUCUUCAUUUAACAAUAAAAGGCCGAAAAAGGUUAAAAUAAUAUUUGGAUAAAUACAUAGUGCUGCAAUAGUAAUGCUUCUCUAACAUCUAAAUCAGUGGCAAAUACAGAGAGGUAACUAAUAACAAAAUGAUAAACAAGGCACAGCAAAUAUUAACCAUAGAAAGAGUGAAGCUGAUCAGAGUUAAAUAUGAACAUACAAUAAUUAUAUGCACUAUCUUCUGCAUAUUUGCCAAUUGGAGCUGUCCUUGUAAGCCCAGAAAUUUCAGAAGUUAUACACAAUCAAAGCAACAAACUUGGUUCAUUUUCUCAUGGUUAUACUUACUCUGGACACCCUGCAGCCUGUGCCGUUGCAAUUGAAGCACUCAACAUCUAUAA